AUGUCAAACACUAGCUCUCAAGCACUUGGAUCGGCAGAUGAGUCUGGUUACGUCACUGUGCGCCCAGAAGUCAACCGCGACUCGAGCACCGAACCGACUGAAGAUCCGUCUACAGGAUCAGAGACUGGAGAGGAAAACCCGUGCCAGCACCUCCCACACCAAGGAGUGAGCGUCCCGAGCCUAGUCAGCCUCGACCCCAGUCAUAGGGACGCCUUAUAUGCGAGCACCGGGAUGACUUGUCAGGAGCGACGCAGGAUGGAGGCCAUGGCCCGAGACCUGCAUGAUGCCCGUAGUAGGAUUGCUUAUCAUCAUCACAGCAUAGCCGACAUGUCAGACGUGGUGGAUGCGGUGUGUGGUUAUGCAUACUCCGCCCAGAGGACAGCAAUCAGAGCUAUGAUCACUAGCGCUAUCGCUGGAGGGCUAGCAUUGAUUCUGGCAGUGGCACUUGUCUGGGUGAUUGUGUUUUGGGGUUGA